UUUACCUUUUUGACCCUUUUCCUUAUGUAUUUUUGUGUUUUUAUAUUGUAAACUGCCCUGGGAUCUAAGAUAAAUGUAAAGGGCCCCUGGACGGUUAAGUCCAGUCAAAGGCGACUAUGGGGUUGCGGCGCUCAUCUCGCUUUCACGCUGAGGGAGCCAGCAUUUGUCCACAGACAGAUUUCCAGGUCAUGUGGCCAGCAUGACUCAACCGCUUCUGGUGCAGAGGAACACCGUGACAGAAACCAGCGCAUGGAAACACCGUUUACCUUUCCGCCGCAGCGGCACCUAUUUAUCUACAUGUGCCGGUGCGCUUUUGAGUUGCUAGGUUGGCAGAAUCUGGGACAGAACAACGGGAGCUCACUGCCGUCAGGAUUCAAACCAUCAGCAAGCCCAAGAGGCUCAGUGGUUUAGACCAGGGGUCAGCAAAGUUUUUCAGCAGGGGGCCAGUCCACUGUCCCUCAGACCUAGUGGGGGGCCGGACUGUAUUUUGGAAAAAAAUAUGAACGAAUUCCUAUGCCCCACAAAUAACCCAGAGAUGCAUUUUAAAUAAAAGGACACACUCUACUCAUGUAAAAACACCAGGCAGGCCCUACAAAUAACCCAGAGAUGCAUUUUAAAUAAAAGGACACAUUCUACUCACGUAAAAACAUGCUGAUUCCCGGACCGUCCACGGGCCGGAUUUAGAAGGCGAUUGAGCCGCAUCCGGCCCCCGGGCCUUAGUUUGGGGACCCCGGUUUAGACCACAGUGCCACUACCCUUAGUAUCACAAGAUGGUCACGAGAGCGCUUGGACUAAAAUGGUCAACCCAGAGCUUUACAUUUCUGGUUUAUCACCGCAACAGUUAUUAAUAUUGGGCUUCGGUAUAGCAAAUAAGCAAAUCACAGUGCCUAUAUGAUAUCGAGCAACAGAGUAAUUUGGCCACCAUAAGGAAAUUUUGUCCAAGGUAUGGUUAUUUGCCACCUAGUCGUUUUGAUCCGUUGGCACCCUAUCUGCAAAAUGUAAUAAUUCCAAAAUACAGACGUGCUUUCAAUUACGCAAGAUUAAAUAUGCUGUACUGCCUUUGGCUGUACUUGAGGGUCAGUUUCAAAAAAUCCCACUGGAAAUAUGUUUCUUUCCACCUGGAGAUGGCAGUAUUGAGUCAGUGGCUUAUGUGCUUCUGGCUUGCACUCUUUAUAAAGAUUUGAGGAGUGAGAUUAUUACCCCUCUACUAUUGUUCAUGGUGGGUCAUUCAACCAUUGCUACUGUGUUCUAGCACAUCAAGAUAAUCAGGUGACAGCAAAAACUGCAAUUUUUUAUAGCAGGGGCAAUUAGAAUAAGAUCUAUUAUUUUAUUAUUGUUGUAAACCUCCAGAAUGUAUUUUCUAUAGUUAAGUUUUUACCUCUAUCUUCAGUUCAUUUUAUUUUAUUUUAUUGCUAUGGCUAAUGGCUGAUGCAAAUAAAGAUUCUUCUUAUUCAGGAGCUCUGCCUCGGCUGUUUUGGCCUUGUAGUGCUGCUGCAAAACUCCUGAGCCCGCUCAGUGUCCAUUGCCCUGCAGAUAUCGAGAGCAGUGCCCAUUUGAUUCUCCAUAGGGUCAUAGAGUUGGAAGGGACCCGGAGGGCAUCUAGUCCAACCCCCUGCACUCUGCAAGGAUCUUUUUUGCCCAACGUGGGGCACAAGCCUAAGAGUCUCAUGUUCUGCUGACUGAGCUAUCCCACACAACAUUUCCCAGGUGCUUUUGGAACAGCUGCAACCCCAUGCCUCUGCAUGUUUACCCUCAGUAGUAGACCCUGCUAAGUGCAGUGGGGCUUAAUUUCAGUUUAGGGUGCAGUGAGUUACAGUAUUGGCUCCCCCCCCCAAAGGGCACUGUGUUAGGUCACAUCGAAAGCAUACAUUUAAAGCACUUUUCUACAACGGUCAUGGCUACCCGCAAAGAAGCCCGGGAACUGCAGUUUCUUAAGGGUGCUGACCUCAAAGUCCUACUAUUGCCAGCACCUUUAACAAACUAUAGGGUUCUCCAUGGCUGUUAAACUGGUAUAAGAGCAUUUUAAGUCUAUGGUGUGGGUGUGGUCUUAGUCUUUUACAGCAAAAACAACCGAGUGUCUUGUCACACCUGAAAAAAAAAUUCAUCAAAUUUAUUAUAGCAUACUUUUUUUGCAACUUUUCAAAAUGCAUGUUUAUAUUGAUUAAAUGACCUGUGGUCCGCAAAAGUUUAUGUCUUAAUACUCCUUCUGUCGACCCAACAUUUGGUUGAAACAUUAACUUUGCCUUUCCUCCAUUUCUGUGACUCUCUUUCCUCCUCCUUCCUUCCCUUCACAUACACCUGUCUUCAUUGUCUUCUUUUCAUAGUUAGUUUUGUGUUUCACGUUCUCCCACAUCCUCUCUUUCCCUGUUUCAUAGUGUUGCUGUGUAUUUUUUGUGCAGAAGUAAAAGAGCAAUCCUGCUCCCUUCCCUGGGGGACUGCUGAAAGCAUGAGUGGGCAGGCACUACUGCCAGUGGUGGCCUUACUGGUGGUAGCCAGCACAAGCCCUCAAAACAGGGAGUUGUUGGAGUAGAGAAGGCACGGAACUGGGCUUGUUAAGGAUUUGCUGGUUCAGCUACUGGUUGGAUCUAUGCUGCACCAGCAUGGAGUGGAUGCAAUGAAAACUCGAAGCUUGUGGCCAUAAGUGGUAGGGCUGUGGACGCGUUGUUCUGUGCUGCUACUUCUGCUUGGGAGUUAGACUUGCUCCAUAAGGCUUACAAAAUACGUAAGGACACCAGUUGUGAAGGAGAAGGUUGGAUUUCCUCCUACGUGUGCAUCUCUUUAGUGAUUGCAUGGAACAGCAUCAUGUCGUUGACACCUGAAGAAGUAGGUCAAUUUCUAAGACUGUAAAUGAUGACCUGCUCUGUCCUCUGGUGUCCGACUGUAGGUCCAGUUAGAUGCCUUGACAUUCAAUUCUUAUGAUUCUCUUAUUUGACAACUUCCAGUGGGAUCACUUUGUCAGUCUGUUACACCAAAAAACAAAGCAGGUGAAGUAAACUCUAGUCCAUGAAAGCUUAUGCCAUAAUAAUUUUAAAGGCUUUAAGGUAUCACAAGAUGCCUUCUUCAUUGGGUGUUUGAUAUACUGUAUUGGAUACUUGCACCAAGUUCACCCAUGCUAUCUUUUAUUCUUUUUUUAAUGCUAGUUUUAAUUGUUUCUUAGUUAGUUGUCAUGCCUUAUGCUGAUUUUAGUUGGGUUUGUGCCUUUAUUGUUUUGUUGUUUUUAUUGUGAAUUGCAUUUACUAUUUUAGGUUUAGAUCUGACACACUUGCAAGUGCUAAAAAAUACAAUAAGUGGUAGAAAAUGUUUAAGGUUAUGAAAGGGAUAAUACAUUCGGGCAAUACACUUAAUUUUGCAGUUGUUUGAAUAUCAGACAUAAAAUUUAACACUGGUUAAUACUAUUUUUUAUCUAUAUAUAUAAAAAAGUACACACUGUACUACUGCCUCUUUAUAGUCUGCUUCUUCCUGCUGUCCAACUUGAUCAUACAGUAUGACGGCUGCGGUUUAUUAUGAAUUCCCUCCUUUUCAUAUCCAUGUAAAGUACCUUUUCAUCAGAGAUAGCUGUUAUUGGGUAAGAAUUGCAUGAGUGUCUGUUGCUGACUUGGAAUUGGGAGUAGCGACAAAUACGUAUUAUUUUAUUCAAUUUCUAAACUGCCCUUCAUAAUCAGUUACGCUCCCAGGGCUGUUUACAAAACCAACGUCAAAUUAUUAAAACAAAGACGUUCAACCAACAGUUAUAUUUUUAAUUGGAACAGCAGACAUCGCUCAUAAUCCCUUCUCAAAUUAUAUUCCCCAAAAGAUCUGGGUGAAGAGGUAAGUUCUCCAGCUGGGUGCCAAUAAUGAUGUCACCAGUCAUACCUCCAAAUGAAGUUUCAUAGACAAGAUGCCAACACAGAGAAGGCCUUAUCCCAUGUCAUUGUCACAUGAGCAGAGUUAAGAACAAUGUGUCCUGCAGAUCUUAAUGCACAGGCAGGAUAAUAUAGGAAUAUGUAGCCACAAGAAGCCAUUGUGCUGUAUGUGUGUGAAUAUUAUUGAUCUCAUUCAAGUCUCUGAACUGCUGGGAAAAGAAAAAUAAUCUAUUCAUACAUUGGUAUGAAGCAGGCUUCAUUUAAGGUUAGUGUUGGAGCAGGGAAUGAUCCCAAUUUGCAAUUAUGCUUGCGGUCUGGAAACAAUCAUUUCCCAGAGACCUUAACAAUCAGUGAUGCAUCGUUAAUUUGUAUAAUAGAAUUUUGUUUCUUCCAGUCAUGACAUUUUGGCAGAGAAUAAUCUUAAAGAAAAAAAUAAGAUGAAAUGGUCACAUAUUUUAAAAUAUACACGUAAAAUGGCUUUAUGUGCAAAAUAUACUUGAAAAUGUUGCUAGGUGGCAGCACAAAAUAAGUAAUAAGCUCCUCUUAACCCUCACCCCUGCACUGCUUGUACAAGUUCUCUUGCAAAUGUGCUUAAUUUACAAACUGAUUAAAGGCUUAAAUAUAUGUAGUAUUCCAAACAGAAUUGUGAGAUGUAUUCUUUUAGGACAGAAUCCCCCCGCCCUUCAAUGUUUAUGUAUACACUUUUAAUGGCACUUGGGUAUUUGGGGUGAAAUUUCAGGACUUCAUUCUGCUUUCCUAUAGAUGGAGCAUAGCAAAGCCUUCUCACCUAUUUUGCGAGGAAUUUGCUCUAAUGGAAUAAAUAUUACCGCUUUGUUUCUCCCAUUGCAUCUAUUAUAUUUAAGACCACAUAACACCCAUCCUGAAAUACCUACAUAGGCUCCCAGUACGUUUUCAAGCACAAUUCAAAGUGCUGGUGCUGCCCUUUAAAGCCCUAAACUGCCUUGGGUCUGUAUACCUGAAGGAGCGUCUCCACCCGCAUCUCUCAGCCUGGACACGGGUUCAGCGCCGAGGGCCUUCUGGCAGUUCCCUCACUGUGAGAAGUGAAGUUACAGGGAGCCAGGAAGAGGGCCUUCUCAGUAGUGGUGCCCGCCCUGUGGAAUGCCCUCCCAUCAGAUGUCAAGGAAAUAAACAACUAUCUGACUUUUAGAAGACAUCUGAAGGCAGCUCUGUUUAGGGAGGCUUUUAAUGUUUGAUAUUGUCACCUUUUUAUUAUUAAUAUUCUUUUGGGAGACACCCACAGUGGCUGGGGAAACCGAGCCAGAUGGGCGGGGUAUAAAUAAUAAAUUAUUAUUAUUAGUUUAGUGAUUCAAGCAGAAUUGUAAACUACCGGUAGGUGUAUGAAAACAAUUUGUGUAUAUUGUACAGUGGGGUUUACACUGUUGGAAAUAUAUUUAGGACAGUAUCCAUUGGUCUAGUUUACAUGUGCAUAAGCAGGAAGGUUCACAUGUCACACAAAAUUAUGGCUUGGUGAGACAUGCAUUAGCAGGAACAAAGUAUCAAUAACUUAAGGUUUGCAUGCUCUCUUCUCCUCUUCUUUCCCUGCAGCUGCAACAAGGACUACAGCAGGGUUUUUUCCUGCUUUCCCUGAAUCCUGGAUUGUCAUGUUAUCCAGACCAAGGAUCAUACUUUAUAACAAACUUUUGUAGGUUUUAAAUCAAGCCAAUGUCAAAGUGUGGUUUCUGAAGCUCAGUUGUUUAACAGAAAAGCACGAUCCUUGGUCUGGACAACACACGAAGUUGAUUUGGUAAUGGAAACCAAAACUUAAAAGCUACCCAAGUUGUCCUCCCAGCUGCAAGGAGGAGAAGCGGGAAGGAUGGUGGUUUCUUCCUGCUCAUGCACGUCUCAGAAUACCAUUUCUAGGCCACAGAAGUCAAAUCUUGAAAGCAGGUUUAGAACUGAAAGGUCAUUUCCUAGCCCUUAUGUGUUGUAAAGCCAAGUGCAUUUUUCCUUUUGCAAAUUUCAAAACUACAGUAGACCAGGCAUCCCCAAACUUCAGCCCUCCAGAUGUUUUGGACUACAAUUCCCAUCUUCCCCGACCACUGGGAUCAUGGGAGUUGUAGGCCAAAACAUCUGGAGGGCCGCAGUUUGGAGAUGCCUGCAGUAGACCAUGGGUAGGCAAACUAAGGCCCUGGGGCCAGAUCCAGCCCAAUCGCCUUCUCAGUCUGGCCCGCGGACGGUCCAGGAAUCAGUGUGUUUUUACAUGAGCAGAAUGUGUGCUUUUAUUUAAAAUGCAUCUCUGGGUUAUUUGUGGGGCAUAGGAAUUCAUUUCCCCCCAAAAAUAUAGUCCGGCCCCCCACAAGGUCUGAGGGAGAGUGGACCGGCCCCCACUGAAAAUUUUUGCUGACCCGCUCCAGUAGACUAAAUACAAAAUUUGCCCUAUUGGUAGUUUUAUAAUUGUCCAGAAAAGCUACCGGCAAGUAUGCCUUCUGUUUGUGUAAAUGGAGGGCUUCAGGUUUCCCGUCCUUGACAUAUAUUGCCAUCUUCUUUCACUGCCUAAGCCGGAUAGAAGUCUUUAAACUUUUGAGUUGGACUAUUAGUAGACAUGGUGUGGAAUUCAGUGUUAUGAUACAACAAACGUUCCUUAUAUACAAGCAUUUCAGCUUGCCAGGCAGAAAUGCCCACCUCUCCUCCCCAGCACACUGUUAUGGAGGUUCUUCUGCUUCCCCUACAAAGCCAAUUUCAGGGUGUGGAGGCAUGCAAGAGGAAAUCCCCAUUGCAGAAGCACCUGGUGGGACUCAUUAGGUGAAAUCCAUCCAUAAUACCUAAGCAACUGAGCCAAUGGCUCUGGAAAUCUGUUAUGUGAACUGCCCUGAGACCUCUAACAACAACAACAACUCCCUCAGCUUAAUACUGCAAUGGGUUUCAACUAGGGAUGGGCGAUAUUUGGUUUUCAGCAUCAAAAUAUAUCACCAGCUAAACACCAUGAUAUACCAAUAUAUCACUCUCUAAAAUAAGGAUGGAGCUAUGUAGAGGCAUUGGCUGGCUUCACGGUUCUUCCUGCAUCGUGAUUUUUCGUGGCACCUGCUCUUGUGAUUCUCUGCUCCCUUGCAGAAGACGGGGACAGUUGAGCCAGCAGAGUUAAUGGGCUGCUGGAAUCAUGAGAAGCAUUGGCUGGCUUCCCAGUUUCUCCCACAUUGUGAUUUUUGCAUAGCGCGCACACACACACACAUCAUGAUUCUCGAUAUAUUGCUGGGUCAAAAAUGAUAAAACCCGAUAUCACGAUAUGGAUUUCAAACCAGUUUUGGACAAGACAUCACCCAGCCCUAGUUUCAACAACAUAGCCUACAUUUUUCAGGUUUUAUCUGUUUUGGAGGAAUUUUGGGCAAACUACUACUAUUUGCAAAUAUAUAUUAGAAUGGUGAUGACAGCGCUAUCGGUAAUCAGUAAAUUAAAGUGCCUUAUUUUAUUAUGUUGGUUUGACCAUAGCUUUGUCCUUUUCAAAGCUGGAUUUGACUUUUGAAAACUGAUACGCACAGAUGUGCUGUUCAGUCUGUGCUAUUUAAUACAUGGAGACUUGAACAGUGGCUCUGGCUAGAUAUUUGCUCAGAAAAAGCUAAUAAUUUCCUAGGGAGAAUAGCUGGCCACUUCACACACACACUUCCCCUUGCCCAGAAAUAUGCUGAUUUUCCCCCUUUUAAUUUCUAAAGAUAAGGAUGAUGAGCUAAAUUUAGACUAUUAUAGUAAAUUGAUAAUUCUACACAUCUACCAAGUAUCUCCUUCAUAGAACUUUGUCAGUGUUCGCUAGAAGGCAUUGGCAGACUGUAUUCAAUUCAAUUUAGUCUUUUUGUUCAAAGGCAUGAAUGUGUGGAUUGUUAAGAAGCAAACCAUUCUUAGGUUGCCCUAAUCCUUUCUUCAUUCUUUGAGAAUACGUGUAAAAAGUUUGUCUCUUGUUUAAAAUAGUUUAAUAUUCUCUAGCAAGUUCUUUAGUAAGAAUUUCCUGUGAUGGAUUGAGUUCUGCUGAAAAAAAAUCUCUUGACAUUCUUUCGGACCAUGUCAGUGUUCUCAGCAACCAUUCUGAUGAAGCUUAUGAAAUUUCCAAGCUCAGCCUCUGAGAUAGAAUUUAGAAGAACAUUCCCCCCCCCCCUAGGAUCUCUUCCAGCAGCUAUUAUUCAAGUUUUGAGUUGCCACAUCAUCAGUUGCAGAACAUUAAAGGCAUACUGUGACCAGCAGAUUCAAGCACAUUUGCUUGCAGCAGAUUAUGAAGAAAUAAAAAAUGCAGAAGCAGCCUGCAUACUUGUUGCAAGCUGAGCAAUAUUAAAUGAAUAUAGAUGAAAAUGAGAUUUUGCCUUCCCCUUCUGCUCAGAGUGGUUUGUGUGAAGUGCAUUUGGUUGGGCCACGUAGGCUAGUUAGAGGUUGCCAGAAAUAAAACGUGGCUGCUUACUUGGGCUGGUGCGUAAUAAAAAAAAUUGCAAGCUCAGUCAUGGGAGCUUGCUGUUGGCUAUAUUUAAAGGAGCUGUAACAGAACUGUGAUGAAAACACUUGACUGGUUAACUGGUAAAGCUACAGGUGUCUAAAAGAGAUAGUAAUUGCACCAGGUGACUUUUAAUCAGAACUGAUCAUUCAUAUUAGUUAUUGCACAUGACACCCCUUCAUUUUCAGUCAUUGAACUGCUGAACACAUCAUUCAUUUUUCUUUGUAAUUGGGAUGAGGCUGUUUUUAGUGUGUCUAAACUCUGAAUGUCAGAACAAUCGUGUUGUGUAUAACUGAAACUCUGAUGCGUACAAUUCAAUUUAAUUUGGUGUUUUUCCAGCAUACGAAGGGAAGAUGCAGGGUUCCCCCCCCCUCCCCAGUCCACUUCUCAGUCUCUCUUCUGAUUCAAUGACCCCUACUGCAUGCAACCCAUCACAAAACAGACCCUCCUGAACCUCCUUUGUAGAAAUAUGAGAAAUAUGUCAACUUUUGCCUGCCUUCUCCUUGCCAGGCUCUGCAGUAUGUUUCAUUUGUUUUUUAAUGGUUCCCUGCUCCAGUUCUGCUAGCGAAGGCUUUGCAGUAUGGUGGUUAGAAUUCUUUUUGUUUAACUUUCUGGUCCUGUCAAAAACAAGAGAGACACAAACCACAGCUUACACUCUCUUGGUGUAAACACUAAUUUGAACCACUGAGCUUAUGUAUCUUAGGACCUAUGACCCUGAGCUACAAGGAUCUCUUCUUUCGGCUUAAAUGGAGCUACAUGCUCUGUUGCUGAUCCUCAGUUGUGUCCUGCUUCACUGCUUUUCUUUAAUCCACAGCAAAUAUUGACCAUAGACCCAAACAUGACACUCUGCACAUGUCCAGAGACCUCCUUGCCACUUACUGUUCCCAGGGCAAGGAGUAAUUGGGGCAUUAAAUGGCCCACAAGUAAAUUGGGGCAUUAAAUGGGACAUUCUGCCCCUCCCCUAUACUUCCCCAGCUCUAUAGCCAUCUCUCCAUUUCUUUUCCCACAGCUCACCAUAAACUAACAAGGAAAAUCAAUAAAUUAGCUUGGAAUUCUCUGCCAUACAUUUAUCUGAUUGUCCUUUGCUUUUGAAACACUUGCCUGUUUGGUUUAGGUUGCCCUGGGGAAGAGAAAACAACUAACAAAUUCUAAUUCUAAUGAUGAUGAUGAUAACAACUUGACCUCAUUCAUUGCUCUCUCAGCGCCACACUCUACCCAUGUACAGUGUGGGGAUAAUCGUGCCUACAUGCAUAUCUUUUAAUGUUUGGAGCAUUUGGAAUGUGCCAUUUAAAUGCCUUCUUUACAUGAAGCUGGUUUAACCAAGCCUUCGGCUGAUUAAUAUUCUACAGCCAUUUGUGUUUGCAGGUUGUGAAGAUGAGAAAAGAAGUGAGGAAGGUCAGAGUGCUGACAAUUCGCAAGCUAACUAGACAUAUUGCAAAACUGAAGGCAAAAAAGGGCACAGAAGAUGCAGUAUUGAAAAACCAUAAACGUGCAGAGAGGUUACUGGAAGAAAUUCAUGCCAUGAAGGAGAUAAAGCUUGACCACGUUACCAAAUUGGCACUCGAACAAGAAAUUAAUUUUGAGAUUGUUUGCAAAAAGCCUAAUUCUACAGUAAGAGAAAGAGCCAUUGCUAGAUUGACAACUCACCCACUACUGAAGACAAAAAUUGCCAAUAUUAAAGCUGCUGUAAAAGCCUUCAAAGAUGUGAGACAGAAGCCAGCAGGACCCAUUUCUUCAGAAGAACAUAAAUCGGAAGAACAACUUACCAAACAAUCUGAGCUAACCCAGCAUUCCAGUAGCAGUCUACAUAACAAAACAAUUAAACAAGCUGGGAACCAAAGCAAAAUAAAGGUGAAAGAGAAGCCAGGCUCUGACAUGGGAAAAGAACAAAUUUGUGUGAGAGAGAAGCUGAAAAUGGCAGACGGUGAGAAAAUAUGCGUGUUGGAUGAUGUUACAGUGCAGGCUGUAGAGCAUCAUAAAUUAGCUCCUCAGGCUCAAGCAGAAAAGUCAGUAUAUUCCGAAGUUACAAAAUGUUUGGAUGACCUCCUGAGUAGAACAGAAGUUGAUGCAUCUGAUAGAGAGACGAGUGAGGAAGCUGGAAUGGAGAAGGAAUACUUUGAUGACAGUACUGAAGAAAGAUUCUAUAAUCAGUCUUCUGGCUCUGAUGAAAAUGAUAGCAAUGAUGACUUCUUCAUUGGCAAAGUAAAGAGAACGAAGAAAAAGAAGGGAACAACUGAUAUUUCAUUACCUACAGACCAGAAAGGCAAAUGUAUCCAGCUCAAAAAGGGCUCGCAGUCUGACACAGCCCAGGACACAGACGCAAAGGGCAAAAAUCAAAGCUCAAAAACAAUGAAGCUAGAAUCCAUGUUUUACUCUUCACUGUCAGACACAAAUAAGUCCAAAUCACUGAAAAGAACUGUAAAAGACCACCUUCCCAGAAGUAAAGCAAAAGGUUUUGAAAGAAACGGUCCACAGAAACAGAUGUCCAAAGGUUUGAGUACGAAGCAAGGUAUCAAGAGAGAACAAUUGGAGCAGCCACUUCAUCCUUCCUGGGAAGCAAGCAGGAAACGUCGAGAGCAAGCAUCUCAAAUUACAGCAUUCCAAGGGAAAAAAAUUAAAUUUGAAGACUAAGGGGGUGUUAUUUCUUCUUAAGGACUCUUUUUCUUUUCCUCCCUUUUUUUAUCUCAUCUGUUGACAACUUGUUGACACAGCUGUAUAAACUAAAAACAAAGACAUUUUCAUUUAUAUAUUUCCAAUAUAACUGUAAUAUAUAAAAUAAAUUGUUGGUUUUGAAGUCAUUUGUCGCAAGAGGCUUUUUUUCUAUAGAAACUAUUCUACGUUUGUCAGGAAUUGCUCCAUUUGCCAUGUUUUUAACUUCUUAAUGGGAACUUGCAUGAAAGAUCAUGGGUAUCGACAAUUGGUGAAGAUACACCUCUUUGUUCAGGUCUUAGAUUCAGUGGAAUCCUUUUCCUUCUCCUGCAUGACAGUUCUGUGCUCCUGUUUUGUUGCUUUGCCAUUGGUUGUUUUGUGGUUUUCUUUUAUGAUUUGAAUGCAAAUUGUACUCGCUUACAUUGAGACAUUCAGUGAAGGGCUGGCUAGCUGUUGUGGAAAUCCCAUAGGCAGAAAAAACAUUUUGCUGUACAUCGUAGUAUCUUAGAAUUGUAGCUGGAAGCAACCCCAAGGGUAAUCUGGUCCAAUACUCUGCAAUAUAGUAGUAGUAGUAGUAGUAGUAGUAGUAGUAGUAAUUUAUUAUUUAUACCCCACCCAUCUGGCUGGGUUUCCCCAGCCACUCUGGGCGACUUCCAACAGAAUAUUAAAAUACAAUAGUCUAUUAAACAUUAAAAGUUUCCCUAAACAAGGCUGCUUUCAGAUGUCUUCUAAAAUCUCAACAAGAUCAUACAUGACUGAUGGCCAUCUAGCCUCUGCUUAAAAACCUCCAAGGAAGGAGAGUUCACCACCUGUGGUGGGAGUCCAUUCCACUGUCGAACAGCUCUUGCUGUCAGAAAGUUCUUCCUGAUGUUUGGUCGGAAUCUCCUUUCUUGCAAUUUGAAUCUAUUGGUUCGGGUCUUAGCUUCCAGAGCAGAGAAAAAGAAGCUUGCUGCGUUGUCCAUGUGACAGCCCUUUAGAUCUUUGAAGAUGACUAUCAUAUAUGGCAAAUGAUACCAUUCUAUGCACCUUGGUGGUGUUUUGUUGCUUUUUAAGAUGCCACAGGCCUUGGCUGUUUUUCCUUAAAAUGUCAGAGUUUGUAUUAAAUUACUAGUUCUGGAACAAAUGUAUAAACAGAAACCCCUGGAAAACAGCAUGUGUCUUGCAGUGUGAAAAACUGACAUGUGCUGUCCAAAAAAGGAAGACUCUACAUCAGAGGUCAGGAACCUGUGUCCAAACGUUGGAUUCCAGCUCUUGUCAGCCCCAAUCAGUAUGGCCAAUGGUCAGGAAUUAUGGGAGUUGUAGUCCCAACAACAUUUGGAGGGACACAGGUUUACCAUUCAUGCUCUAAGUGAAUGAAUCUGUUGUUAAAUCAUAUAUUUACCUCCCUACUACAGUGGUACCUUGGUUGUCGAAUGGCUUGGCUCCCAGUUUGCGAACGUUUUUCGUAAGCCGGACGUCCAACAUGGCUUCCGUGCCUUCCGAUUGAGUGCCAGAAGCUCCUGCAGCCAAUCGGAAGCUGCGCCUUGGUUUUCAAACAGUUUCGAACAGAAUGGAUUAAGUUUGACUACCAAGUUACCACUGUACUGUUAAAUGAAAGUUGAAAAUUUGUAUCUAUAAAUGGUUUCAUUAAUUUGUGUUUUGAUAUUCUGAGAUUAGAAGGGCAUUUGACUGAAUUGAAUGUCAUUAUCUAUUUUCAGGUCAAUUAAUUCUUUUGGUUAUCUAGAGUGCAUUAAUUGAAAAAGUAGGGUGUUGUUUUUUAUUUUUUUAUUUUAUUAUUAUUAUUAUUAUUAUUUGCUUAUAAUACUGCAGGAUUUGUCUUUUACGUCCAAAAGGAAUUAUUUUCAUAUGGUCCUUCAUUACUCUUGGGAUUCAAGCUUCGUGUUAACAAGCUGCAACUAUUAGUGGCUCCACUGCUUUAAAAGCCUUUCCCCAUUUUAUGUGCAUGUUGGAGAGAGAAAUUUUAUAUAUGUUAAUGCUAGCCCAUUAUUAGGUUUUUCUAUCCCUUUAUUAUUUAGUCUCUCAUUUUCCGAAAUUUACAAAUACUACACAACAUGCCCUGAAUCUCUCUAGUUGAUAAAAAAUCUUUACAUUGGGGAAAAACAAGUUGUGAAUGGCUAAAGAAAACUUGCACACUACAUACAAAGUAAUAAGAUAAUGCCUUUUCCUGUUUUAGUUGAAAAUAGAGAAACUUGAAAACUUUAUAGCUUGGGUAGCAUCUCUUUACAUGUCUCUGGACUGCCAAGAGUGCUUAGUUUUUCUUGGCAAUUGAUGAACAGGAGAGAAUUUCUUACUGAUAUAACUUAUGACCCUAGCAGUAUUCCUAUGGGGUGUCUAGCACAUCAAAGCAUUUUUUAAAGUGCUGGAUUUACAGCAAAGCUUUUGAUCUAAGAAACGAGCUAUGUAGACUUUGUCUACAUAGGAGGGCAAUACCAGGUGAAUGUAAAUCACAUAUCUUGUUUUCUUCUAUUCAGAUAAACCAGUGUUUUUAAAAGAGACAUACAGAGAAGUAGCACCAGUUGAAAAGCACCAACAUGGAAGGAAAGUCUAGCAACUUUAAAAUACAUUACUGAAUGUUUUUGUUUAGCGGCGUUUUGGACGCAUGGCGGACUAAGAUUCCGCUGUGGUCAUACUGUAUUGAUACAAAAGUCUCUCAGUCUUAUACUGUACUGUAUUGUAUUUUGUAGAAAUAGAAACAUUCUGAACUCAAGGAAACAUUUGAGUGAAUUUACUAGGCAGGCUUACUAAAAUGGUGAUACAGGAAAUUAAACUAGCCUACUGAAGACGUGUUGACUAUCUGUCUAGUCUUGUGGCAUGGUCCUGAUCAUGAACAUCACUGUUAUUUUUAUCCUAUGAGCUUUGUCCCAUAACAAUCUUGUCAUCAUGCAUAAUUAGUAGCAUUUUUACAAGCUUUCACUCUGGAAAGUAGAGGCAGCCCUGUUAUAGACUGUUCUCCAAGCUCAAUAUGGUCUGUCAGCUAUUAGCAUUAACAAACUUUCUGCUUAUAUAAGAACUGUGACUGAUACAUACAAAUUUCCUUAUCCAUGUGUGAUGACUUCUAUAAACUCCUUUAGCUCUUUACGUUGACCCUCCUUUCCCUAGCAGGGUAAUUACAAAAUUAUCUAAGGUUUGCAUCUGAAGUGUCAUGUUUGUAUUUUUUAGAGAAUGAAAUGGUUCCCCCAUAGAGAAAAACGAUACAGUCAUGUAUAUAGAGAUUGCUCUUAACCUGUAAGAAAGAUUUUGGUGAAAGCUGGAGAGACGUUCUGAGCAUUUGAAAAACAAAUUUAUUCAGGUCAUUUUCACAUAAAUCUGCAACCACGAUACAAGAAUUAAACGAGAAUAUGGAAGUGCAAUGAAGAAUACAAAGCUAGUGUAUGAAUAAUUAUAAAUAACUUCUCAGAGAAAGAUGCAAAGAUUUUAAAAGCAAGGCUCUUUGGGAAAAAAUGAAGUAAAUAUUAGAAUUCCUCGCAAGAAGUUAGAGUGGCUCUUCACUAAAUUUGUAACAUUUGGUUGCUUAUAAAUUUCCUGGCAUAAAACUCUAUUUCAAUUCAAGUUAAAAUAUGUAAGCACCUUUGUGGUAUCUGGAAUGUGAAAAUGAUGUUUUUGAUGUAAGGCACAGGGUAGACCACUUGUAAGAAUAUAGUACUUCAGUUAUCUCCAACUAAACCUAUGGGGAGGUACAAAAAGG